GUUCAACGCCACAUCGGGCCCACGCAAACGAUACUACAUGCUACCGGUAGUACACUUGUGUCUUGUGAAUGUGACGUUUCUGUCAAAGUUGACAUCUAAAUCAUUGUAAAACUAAGUUUUUAUGCCACAAUGCCUCCCAAAAAGAAGAAUAGGAAGCAGAACGGUUUCUACAUGUACAUGAUCGACAAGAAGCGAAGCUUUGAGAUUGAUCUGAACAGAGACUUAACGAUGGCGGAUUUGGUGUCACUUGCGCAUCCGGGAUGGAAGGAGCUUUCAGAUGAGGAGAAGCUCAAGUACAACGUGCGAGCCAAGACCUACAGCCAGGAACGCAAAUAUGAGGAAGCUGAAUCAUCAGGCAAGAUGGACUGCACUGGACAACUCAUCAGUGAGAGAGUGGAUCGCAUGGCACUGAACGAGACUAGAAGGUCCAGAGAACGGAGACAGUUGAUAGAGAAAUGGCCAGCAGGACAUGCUGUGUGCAUGGAGACAUUCUACAUGAUAGCCUUUGAGACGCUGUGCGAGCUACCCAAUGACCAGGGCUACCUGCCGUGUGAGAUUUCCUGUGUGUCGUACAGCUUGUACGCCGGCAUUAUCGAUGUUUUUCACAAGUUUAUAGAGCCGGGCAGGCUGCCGGUCGGAUAUCGAUUCCAGUGCCAACACAAGAGUGAUAACACGCACAAGAUUCCCAUCCAGUAUUUUGAGCUAGCGACAGACAACUAUCGUCAACUCUGGCUGGAUCUGUGCGACUUCCUGAACCCACAACGUCAGUCUGCCUUCCCUCCGGUGUUUUGCCAGCUGCAAAGGCGUAAUGAGGUGGAAGGAUGUUUGCGAUGGCUUUCAGAUCGUGCAGGUGUGCCUAACAGGCUGGCCAAAGUCUUUGAGAUGGAGGUCUUAGUCUGCGAGUUGUUCGUCCAUGGGGGCGCCAAACCACCCUCGCAUUCAGCCUGUACGGGUCUGCUGACGACCUCGGCGUUUGACUACGAAGCAGAUACACGAUGUAAAUACCAUGAAGACAAUGAGGUUGCCAUGGACAACUGUGCCUUGGGGAAAGCCAAGAAAAAUUGUUUUUGUCUGAGUGACUCUCUGGCUUCAACCUACAACAUCGAGCUGACGUCGAAACAUCUCCCCGAGCGUCUAGAUGUCUCCACCUGCCUCGUUAUACCGCCCUCAGUCUACGGCAUCCAGUUCUCCAAUGCCAAACCCAAGCCCAAACCGCCCCCGAGCUCAGUCGCUAGGGGGAGGGGUCUUGACGUAGACCACAAACGCAGGGAGCCGACGCCUGGUGCCAACGCAGCUACCAACACAGCUACCAACUCAACAGUUCAGAAUGGCAUGGAUAAGCCAGCUGCACAGGAAGAACCACUAAGGAGACCAACAUCAGUCAGUGUGACUGGCAUGCUGGCAACGAAGCAGGUGCAGCCAAUGAAAGACCGGGAGAUGGGAACCAAAAUGGCCAUGCUGCAACCGAGUGCUGGCGCUCCAUCAAAGUUUGCUCUUCCAGCAUCUGCGCCUCCGCCCACCUCCCUGCCCCUCCCUGUGCCAUCAUGGCAGGGCACUCCUGGUGCAUCGUCAGACCAAGGGGAUCUGCCGAGCAACGCAGCAAGCAACAUGCCAGUGCAGUCCAGCUUCGGCUUGGGGCGAGGUUUUGGGCGUGGAAUCAGACGCGGCACGAAUCCUAACCACUAGACCAUAUAUCGGAACCCUGAUAUGAUAGUAAUCUUGUACAUACAUGGCAGGGUUUUUUCCCAAUGGGAAGAUCGAAUUGAGACAUUUUGAGAUGUGCAAGUGCAGUUGAAAAACCAAACUGAUUGGCUGGCUGGAGUUAGACUGGGAGAGAAUUUGCGCCCUCUGUCCAUCAGUUGAGGGCGCUCUUGUUUAUCGACGAAAACCAACAAGGUUUUCCAAACCUCAACUUUGACUCCAGCUUCACCCUGAGCUCCACAAUCAUUUGUAAGUCUUUAUCCAACCUAAAUUGAAAACACACUUAAUUGAAAACCUCCCAAAUUUGGCAUCGGACUUGACUCGAUGUUCUGUGAAUCAGAACGUGGACCUAUAUUCAGUUUGGGUGCCAAAAAGGUAGGGGCCUAAAUUCUGCUGAUGGUGGAGCUGGGAUUGAAGCCCAAGUUUUGAAAACUGCCUCUGAUAUUAAGGCAGGGCAUGGCAAGGGGUCGAGAUGCCUCACUUGCAAGUUUCAACUGGUAAUUAGAGUGUAAACAACGGGAAAGUGCAGUUUGCGUAUAUUUUAAACGAGAAGAACGGGUUUUUAUUCAUCAAGUCAAAAGCGGAGGACCUUUGAAAGAAGAUUUUAAUCACCGUUCUCAUGAAUCCUUUGAGAAAAGCUAAAGAAGGACAAGUUAGUUUUUUAGUUUUACAGAUGGAAAUCCCCAGAGUUGUUCAUUCUUAAGAAAAUCCUGGAACAGUUUCAUUGA